GUCACAAUUGUCAUUAAGAGCCACACUUGGGAGAAUUAUCACCAAGUCUCUUUGUUGUUUUCUUGUUGUUUUCCAUUCACAUUGUCUUUCAAUAAGGGGCCAUCUUGUCCUUGAGGGCAACUGCAAUUGACAUUUAUAACCUUCCGUUUGUAUUUAAGGUAGUUGCCCAACGCCUACCUGGGCACUUUCCCUACCAAUCAACUUCAACAAUCGUGCAAGCACGACCUAGACAAACACGGAAUAUUUAGUCAACUUUCUCGCGAAAUUCCGAAAAUGAAUAAACUUAUCGCAACAUUCCUCACUCUCACCAUGGCCUCCGCAACGCCAACCAAGCGGAGUUGCCAAGCUCCCUCGACGACCAAGCUCAUCAUCGGCGCUCCUUACCAGAUCUUAACUGCCAAUUUUGAUGGUAAACAAUUCUCCAUAACCGGCAACCACACCGAGGUUGGAACCGCGCCUAGUUGGAUUCGCAACAGAAAUCCGAAUACCUUCUACGCCGUGAACGAGAACGCCAAUGAUCUCAGCCUUUUCACUCUUGACGGAGGCUUGAAUAAAUUCGACCUUGUAGCUAGCGCCAAUGGCUCUUCUGGGGUUGUCUUCCUGGAAUUUAACACUAACAAGACGCGCAUGGUCGGUGCUGCUUACGGCAACGGCACGGUAGACGUCUGGGACGUCUCUGCCGCCGACCAUAGUCCCAAGCUUAUGAAGACCCUCGAUAUCCCCGGCGUGCCCAAUCCAGCACAGGGAGCACACCAUCCACAUCAGGCCCUACUAGACCCUACAGGUCGCUUCUUCGUAAUCAACAACUUGGGCGGAGACACCAUUCUCGUUCUCGACAGCAAGGACGACAAGUUCGAGUUCACGGGUAACGCCACCCUCCCUACCGGCACAGGUCCGCGCCACGGCGGUUUCAUCACGAAGGGCGAUAAGCACUACUACACGCUAGCGUGUGAGCUGUCGAACAAGCUCUUCCUCUUCGAGCUGAAGUACACUCCUGACACAAUCGUCUUCAACCAGCUGCAGGUGCAGAGCACGUACGGCGGCGCGCCCCCGGCCAACGCUAGUUCCGCGGCCGCGGGCGAGCUGCAAGUCGCGGCCAACCAGCGCGACGUCUACGUGUCGAACCGGAUCAGCGGCAACGCGACGGACAGCAUCGCGCACUUCGUCCUCAGCAAGAACGGCACCAGCCUCGACUGGCAGGAGACCAUCUCCACGGGCGGCCUGCGCCCGCGCAUGUUUAGCCUUAGCACGGACAAGCAGCAGACCCUCGCUUUCGUGGCGAACCAGGGCGGCGAUGUUGGGCUCGCCGCGUUCAAGAGGAACCCCGACUCCGGAAAGCUCGACCCGACGCCCGUUGCGACGAUGCCGUAUUCGACGCUCGUUGCGCCGGCGCUGGCGGCGACGGAGUACAUGGGGCCCCAGUUUGUGCAGCAGAUUUGAACGGAGGGGGUUGCGUUAACCUAGAUGGUUGUGGGAUGAGGUUUACGGAAUAAACCUACCUAGAGGGGACGGGCUUAUGUGGAAAAAGCAUUGAUCGCAUCGGUUUGUGGCGUUUGGGGUCUGAUGAUGAUUACCUAGCAGAGCGAAGCUACUUUUCAGUUCUUGUACCUACCUAGCCCCCGGAGGCUUUUAAAUUGAUCUUUUUAUUUUCUUCUUUCUGACACAUUAUGUGCUUUUUAAAAAUAAUGUGGGUGAUAUUAUGAAUACGGCAUUCUGUGAGCACGCCCAGCUACCCCUCUAUACUAACACCCGUUCGGAAUAUCGUCUAGUAAGUAGAGUAUUUUGAAAAUAAUCCGGCUAAUCCUUGUUCCCCGUUGAUGGCCAUGGAGUUUCCAAAAGAGUCAUAAAUGAAGUGAGAUUGCUAGAAAGGGAUGCUUUUAGGUCAUGAGACGUUAUGCCCAAGGGUUUGAAUAUAAGCACAGAAGCAUAAUCUAGUAAACGACAGUGCUGUAUGCUGAUUGGUCCUAUGUCUUAGCAGGUCUUUUAUCACUGCCACUUGUGAGCCUGUAACUUGUCGGAUUCUUAAUUAUCACAUGCAUAUGAUCAGAUAAUAUCUAGCCUAAAUGAAUGAAUUAGGAUGCUG